AUGGUUGUCGACGACGGAGGAAGUACAACUCUCAUUCCGAAUAACCUUGACCAUGAUCUUUCAGUUCUCCUUCGCCAGACAAAUCUCAGCAACAGGAUGACAAUGUUUUUGGUUUUUGAUUGUGUCUUCGCGGUUUUUGACAAUGUCAAUGUCUUCGCGCUUUUUGAGGUAGUAUUGCACCAUGGAGGAAGAUUCACUUCACGUGCCAGUGAUGGAAAGGUUGAAUAUAUAGGCGGAGAAUUUGACGUUUGGGAGGAUAUAUCUGCAGAUUGCCUGAAUGCAUUUAUCUUAUAUGAUCUGGUGAAAGCUUGUAAGAAGUAUAGUAAUAUAGGAGAAUGUUUUUGGUUGAUUGAUAAGGACUUAGAUUUUAAUCAUGGGUUAAGGAGUUGUACAACUGAUGGAGAUAUAUUACACUUAGUUAGGGAUGCUUUUGAAAAUGAGAAUGAGAUAAAUGUUUAUUUUCAUCAUGAAGUAGAUCCAAUUUUAGAAGAAGUCCCACAAAUGUUGUACUUGGAAUGUUAUCCAAUUCGAAAAGUUGUUGAGAAUGAGGAUGAUUUAGAUGAUGUACCUGUUGCUGGCCAUGAGGAAGAUGUUGGUGCUGGAGAGCAGACAGAUGCUGGUGAGCAGAUGGAUGCUGGUAAGCAGAGGGAUGGUGAUGAGCAGAGGGAUACUGAUGCUGGUGAGCAAAGAGAUGGUAGUGAGCAGAGGGAUACUGAUGCUGGUGAGCAAAGAGAUGGUAGUGAGCAGAGGGAUGCUGAAGCUGGUGAGGAGAGAGAUGCUGAUGGUGAAGAGAGAGAUGUUGCUGAUAGUGAGGAGGAAAGGGAAGUUGACAGUGAUGAGACAGAUGCUGAGUGGUUUAUAAAUUUCUCUUGUAUGUUGAAUGAAGUUGAAGCUGAAGUUGAGACAGAUGGUUAUCAUUCAGAGGAGCUUAAUAUCCCCAUUAGUAGUGAUGAUGAAGAUGAGGAUGUUGAAGUUUAUCCUCAAUAUAGUCAAAGUAGUGGAGUUGGUGAACAGAAGUUGGAAUUAGGGAUGGAGUUUGGUACUCUAGAUGAAUUUAAAUCUGCCUUGAGGGAGUAUAGCAUAUUGAUGGGCAGGGAGUUCAAGUGGAAGAAGAAUGAUAAACAGAGGGCUAGAGCAAAAUGCAAGAAGGCAUUUUGUGAUUGGGAAAUCUACUGUGCAAAGAAUGAAGUUAGAAACUCUUUUCAGAUAAAGACAUUUAAGCAUAACCAUAAUUGCUGCAGAGAAGUGAACAACAAACAAGCAAAUAGACAGUGGGUGGUCAGUAAACUUGAGGGCAAACUCAGAAUGCAGCCAACCCUUAAAUGUGUUGAAGCUUUGGAAUAUUUCAAGCAAGAGUUUGGAGUGCACAUUGAAGUUACAAAGAUGUGGAGAGCCAUGAAAGAAGCAAAGCAAUUAGUGGAAGGGAAUGAGAGGAAACAAUAUGCCAAAGUAUUUGAUUAUGCACAUGAAUUGUUGAGGAGCAAUCCUGGAUCAACAGUUAAGAUCAACACAGUGCCAAGUCCAGAAGGUCCACCACAAUUUCAGAGGCUAUAUAUUUGUCUUGCUGGCUGUAAAAAGGGGUUUGUUGCUGGAUGUAGACCAUUCAUAGGUCUAGAUGGAUGUUUCCUAAAGAGUGCAUUUGGAGGAAACUUGCUCUCUGCUGUUGGGCUUGAUGGCAAUAACCACAUCUAUGUUAUUGCUUAUGCUGUUGUGGACAUUGAGAACAAAGACAAUUGGAAAUGGUUUUUAACUUUGUUGCAUGAAGAUCUUGGGGAUUACAUACAGAAUGGGUGGAAUUUCAUGUCAGACAUGCAAAAGGGACUUAUUCCAGCUUUACAGGAAGUCAUGCCUGGUGCACCUCAUAGAUUUUGUGUCUUGCAUCUUUGGAAAAAUUUUACAAAGCAAUGGAAAAGCAAGGAACUUAAAGGAAUUGUGUGGCAAUGUGCAAAAUCCACUACUGUUGCUGAGUUUGAAGGCCAUAUGGCCCAUUUGAAGACAAUCAACUGCCAGGCUUGGGAGUAUUUGAAUAAAUGGCCCAAACAAGCAUGGACAAAAGCCCACUUCAGUACAACACCCAAGGUGGACAAUAUAUGCAACAACACUUGUGAGGUAUUCAAUUCCAGAAUUCUGCAGUAUAGAUGCAAGCCUAUUAUCACAAUGCUUGAAGAAAUUAGAAGUUAUAUCAUGAGAACCAUGGCUGCCCGCAAGGUUAAACUUUCUGGAAAACCUGGACCAUUAUGUCCAGUGCAGUAUAAAAGACUAGAAAAAGAAUUCCAUUUUGCUAAUCAAUGGACUUCCAUUUGGUGUGGUGAUAACAUGGGCCUGAGAUAUGAGGUCCACAUGUGGGGGAAUAAGGUUGAGGUCAAUUUAGGUGAAUGGACAUGCACUUGUGGAGUAUGGCAACUAACAGGGAUGCCAUGCCGACAUGCCAUUGCAACAAUAACUCACAAAGGAGGGAAGCCUGAGGGCAUGUGUCAUGAGUGGCUGUCAAUAGAAGCUUAUAAUAAGACAUACCAGCAUUUUAUUGAACCAGUCCAAGGACCACAAUAUUGGGCCCAGACACAGUAUACACACCCUGUUCCACCACAUAAAAAGGUCCAAAGAGGAAGGCCAAAGAAAAAUAGAAGGAGAUCUGUAGAUGAGGACAAUGUCACAGGACAUAAGCUAAAGAGGAAAUUGGCUGAGUUUACAUGUGGAAGGUGUGGCCAAACCAAUCAUAACAUUAGAAGCUGUAAAAAUAUUGGAGUUCCUGUUAGGCCAAAGAAAUAUGUUGCACCAUCAACUUCCAAUGAGGAUGACCACCUAUUAUCUCAAGAUGAACAAGCUUUGAAUGAGGCUGAAGAAGCUGCUGCUCAUGUUCAACAAGAUCCGGUGGAGAUUAAUUUAUCUCAGCCUCAUUUGUCACAAGAUAGUGACAUGGAGGUCCCUGCAACUAUUGUUCCACCAAUAGCAAGGAAUAAGCUAGCCAUAACAAGAGCCAAAAAAAGGAAGGUUGCUGAUAAAGAUGAUGCAAAAAACUGA